AUGGAGAAAUUAGCGCUCAAGGCCGCAAUCUUGAUCAUUUCUGAUACUGCUUUUCAAGAUCCUUCAACGGAUAAAUCUGCACAAAUACUUACAGACGCAUUUUCCAAGGAGGGUGGAGAUCAAUGGAGUAUUUCUGACAGAACGAUAGUUCCAGACGACGUCAUUGCUGUUCAGCGCGAGAUCUGUCGCUUAAGCGAUGGCGAUGACGCUGUCAAUUUAUUGAUUACGACAGGGGGCACUGGCUUUGCAGUGAAAGACAAUACGCCUGAAGCUGUACAUCCUUUGCUGCACAGACAUGCCCCUGGGCUUGUACAUGGAAUGUUGGCUGCAUCUCUUGAAGUUACAUCUUUUGCCAUGAUGUCCAGACCUGUGGCCGGAGUACGAAACAAAACCCUUAUUGUCACCUUGCCAGGCUCGCCGAAAGGUGCCAAAGAGAAUUUGCUUGCGAUCCUAAAGCUUCUCCCUCAUGCGUGCCAGCAAGCAGCAGGAGGUGACUCUCGAGCGCUUCAUGCUGGCGGAAUUAGGAAGCUGGAACGAGAUGCUGGCGUUACAAACAAGCAGCCGAGCCAGCAUGCUCAUCACCACCAUCAACAUGACCACGUCCACAGUCACGGUGGCCAUGUGAUACCAAAAGCUCAUACGCGCCCUGAAGAUCGCCCCGUGUCCAACGACCCUCAGGCAGGGCCAAGUAAUCGUCACAGAAAGUCACCAUAUCCGAUCCACUCUGUCAAUUCUGCCCUGAACCUCAUAUAUAAGAAUACCCCGCCGCCUGAAGCUUCAGUUGUAGCCGUCAACACAGAUCUCGUAGGCCAUACACUUGCAGAAGAUGUGACUGCAGGCGAAGCCGUGCCUGCCUUUCGUGCAAGUAUCGUCGAUGGCUAUGCCGUCAUUGUCUCUGCUGAUGCUCCUUCAACGCCUGGUGUAUUCUCGGUGGCGUCUGUGUCUCAUGCAGCAGCUGGUGAGAUACCAGAGUUGCAGCGAGGAGAAGUCGCGCGCAUUACGACUGGUGCACCAUUGCCUCCUGGAGCCAAUGCAGUGAUCAUGGUCGAGGAUACGCUAGUGAAAAGUACGACCGCUGACGGAAAAGACGAGACGAUGGUUGAGAUCUUGACCGGAGCUGUCAAGCCGAAUGAAAAUCUGCGAGAAGUGGGCAGUGACGUUAACAAAGGAGACGUUGUCUUGAGACGAGGAGAGGAAAUCACUUCUGUGGGCGGUGAACUGGGACUACUGGCUUCUGUGGGCGUUUCACGGGUUUCUGCCUACCGUAAGCCAAUUGUUGGUGUGCUCAGCACAGGCGAUGAGAUCGUUUCCCACGACCGCGAAGAACCUCUGCGCCUCGGCGAAGUGCGAGACAGCAAUCGGCUCACUCUGAUGGCUGCAGUACGUGGAUGGGGCUACACAGCAGUGGACUUAGGUAUAGCAAAAGACAGGUCUGGGUCUCUGGAGGAACAUCUCCGUUCAGCCCUCCGAAGCAUCGAUGUUAUCAUAACUUCCGGAGGCGUUUCAAUGGGCGAGCUGGACCUACUAAAACCUACCAUCGAGCGUGCAAUAGGAGGCACAAUCCACUUUGGACGUGUCGCAAUGAAGCCCGGUAAACCGACAACAUUUGCGACGGUCGCUCAUAAACCGCUUUCGGGUGACCGCAACUCGGCAAGAGAUAGACUCAUCUUCAGUCUCCCUGGCAAUCCUGCCAGCGCGCUCGUUACAGCCAAUCUGUUUGUGCUCCCCACGCUGCAGAAGAUGAGUGGGAAACCCGCGCCUUGGGGAUUACCUCGCAUGAAAGUGGUGCUGAGGGAAGACGUCAGGUGCGACAAGGAUAGGGCCGAGUAUCAUCGCGUUGGCCUCAAGGCCGGAGAUGACGGGAGAGUCUGGGCUUCUACAACAGGAGGCCAAAGGAGCAGUAAGGUGAGUAGUCUAAAAGGAGCUCAAGGGCUUCUUUGUCUGCCUGCGAAGGACGGCAUGAUUGCACGUGGCGAGACGAUCGAUGCCCUGCUCAUGGGUAGUCUGCAGGGACUUUAA